GAAAAAAUAAGACAUAUGACAAGUUAACAGAAGAUUCAGUGAAAUUGGUGAAAAUCAAUAAAUAUGCAACAGUUUAGGAGCAAUAUAUGUCUUUUAAAUACUGUCUUGAGAAAAGGGAGCCACCAUGACAUCUUAAGUCAGAAAAUACAAAUGACUGUGCGGGUAUGUGGGUCAAAUUUUGGGACAAGUACCGCCAGUGCAUCGUUGAAGGGCUGUGCAUCUGGACUAUUUAACCAAAGUCCCAUUCUAAACAUUAGACCUUGCACACUUCAUAGUGUAAGAUGUUUACAUGUCAUAAAUGGUGCUUACACAUCCCAAGACACUGUUGCCUGCAAGAAUCCAUUUUCAUCAUUCUUGGAUAGAAUAAAUAGCCAUACUGUCAACAUUAAGAAAAGACAAUUUACAACUUCAGUGCUCUUGCUGUCUGAGAAAAAAUUAACCGAAGACAAGAGUUCAGAGAACUUAACUAAAGAAGAUAUCUCAAACCAGGAGACGAACACAAACUCCGAAAAUGUCGAAGCUCAACUUACACAACGACAGAAACUUAAGAGGGCGGUGAAAGAAUACGGCCCAGUAGUCAUUAUUUUCCACAUAUGCAUUGCGCUGAUGUCCCUAGGAUUCUUCUAUUCCUUGGUGUCUGUCGGCGUGGAUGUCGUUGGAAUUCUCAGGAAGUUGGGCGUCUCUGAGGAGAUUUUGGAAUCGGCCCUUGCAGCAGGCGCCAGUACGUUUGUUAUUGCUUAUGCAGUACACAAGAUGUUUGCUGUGCCACGUAUUGGGAUCACCUUGACCUGUGCCCCCAUUAUCGUUCGGAAGGUUGGAAUUUUCAAGCCCCCAAAACCAACCAUUAAAAAAUAAUGUGAGCAAUGGGACUGUUGACUUUACAUCGAAAUUGAUAUGUGACUGUUUGAUAAUGAUAUUGAAAGAACUUAAAAAAAAUAACUUGAAAAAAAAAUAAGUAAUUUAUUUUUUAUGAUUAUAUUAUUUAUAAACUGUACAUGACAAGUGUUGCGUAAUAUAUGCCAAAUAUUAUAAUUGUCAUUGCUAAGAUUGAAGAUCAAAUCUUAAAUUUAAAAAAAGAUAUCUCUCAUGUUAAUAAUUCAUUACAAUCAAAAUCAAAAAGAGCAUAUAUAAGCAAAAUAUCUGUAAUAGUUGAUAUCAAACUUUUGACUAUUUUAUUUCCUAAGGAAAUAUUUUCUUCAAUUAAAUAAUUGAAGUUUACUGUACGUGUUGUAAGAGGUUGUAUUCUAUACACUGAAUUCCAAAUCAAUUAAAUAACAAAUUAUUUUAUAAACAUGAUACAAGUAACUUAUUUUGUACCCUGUCUACAGUCUAUCUAAAUCCAGGAACCCUUGGUGGUAAGAUUUUUUUUAUGAAAACACAAAAGAAAAUCUUACCAUCAAGAUAAAAAGUUGACACCUCUAUGUUAUCUUUGUUUUAUAAAGAAUUAAUUGUAUUUACAUGUACCUGGUACUAGUAUUUUUUUAGAUUAACUCGGGCAAACCCAAUUAUCUUAAACUUGAUUGGAGCAAAAAAAAACAACUUUGAGCCAUCCAGGGUAUAAUUUUUUAAAGAAAAAGUGAAGACUUUCAAAUCACUGUCAAAUCCAUGACAUUUGAGAUAACAGCUUUUGAGCUCUACAAGUUCAACCAGGGUUUGACAUUAAGCUUUUGGAAUACUAGACCAGUCGGGCUACUCUGGCAAAUUUUUACUAGCCCUGACCCUUUAACCACUAGCCCUGACCAAACUUGAGAAAAAUAUAUAAAGUACAAAAUACUUUAAAAUUCUUUUUUUCUGUGCUGAUGAUGAGAAUCCAUAUUUAAAUACCGAAAUUUUCCAGCACACACGUCACGUCAAUACUAGGUCAUAUACAUGUGGCUUGUUGUGUUUAGUCCUAAUUUAAUCAACUUGUAUACAAUAUUAAUAUUGAUACCAUUAAAAAUGUUCAAAGAGUUUAAGUAUAGUAAAAAAUUGAUUUAAUUAUCUAUUUACAUGGUUUACCGAUGUCAUAAACGUAAAUCUUUCGACAAUGACAAUUGUAACUACUCAGCCAUUUCCGUGAAUAAUAAAUAGCUUAUUGUUUCUCUCUAGGAAAAUGGUCGAGUAGUUACGAAUGGCGACAAUGAACUGUUGUUAAAAAUAGUGCUAUAGUCAUGCUGUCUGGAACAUAUUUAGUUUUCUUUCUACUAUGCGGUUGGGAAUGUUUUAAUUUUAUUUUUUCAUCGACAAUAAAUGAAUUGUUUAAAAAUGUAUAAUAAGUUCAUUAAUUUUCCUACACGACCAGUCGGUCCAGUACACAGAGAUUUUACCCGACCGGACCCAUCUUUUACAAGACUCAGUCGGUAGGACGUGCCUUAAUGUCAAACCCUGUCAACUGUAUUUUUGGUUGCCCUAUUUUAGCUUAAAUGCUUGUUGGAGGAAUGGAAAAUAUUCCUCUUUGUGAAAAGUUGCAAACAUCUCUUCACUUUAACACGAGGAUGUGAUAUUUUAUGUAGUUAAGUACAUGUAUCUUGCUUAAUCAGUUUAAACAGUACAUUUACAAGUUUUCUACAGAUCUUUGUAUAGUGCUUUAAGUGAGUGGAUCAUAGGAUCUGAAAUUCUGAAUUUAAAUCAGUAGGAUUGUUUUUUCAUCUUAACUUGCUAUAAAUAUUUAUCAUAUUAUUGUCAUUAUAUAUUAGACAGUACAAACAAUAUUGUUUCUUAUAAGGAAAACCAUACUAUGAUGAUAAAGUAUGUUUCAUCAUAUCUGUAAGAAGAAGAACAAUAAAAGCGUUUUUUUUUAUUAAUCAUUUACUUGCAAAAUCAUUGGUAAAAGACAUCAAAAGUCAAUAUAAUAUACGAAAUUCAUGUAAGGGAUUUAUUUAAAAAUAUUGGUUCUAAAGAAUGCCUUUUCUCAAGUUUUCUUCCCUGUUCAAGGAAAACUCUAGCUAUCUACUUAGGAAGUAUUAAUAUAUCCUAGCUUCAUCUACAAAACAUUUUUU